CUGCCGCACGGAGUGUAUCCGCGCGUCCGUGGAUCUAUUUCACGGUCGCAUGGGGGCAAAGCAGUGUGUCUGAACCGUCCCUUUCGUCUGGAAGCGAACCGCAGCAGCAGAGUCACUCACUUCGUCGGCAAAAACAGAGUUAGAAGCAGGAGUUAAAUCAUCGUGGCAUCUUUCUUCUUCUUGUCAUUGUAAUGGACCGAAACCUGACUAAGAAUGUAAUCACUUGCCGAAACACAGCUGCGAUGAAUUUGGACAGGAACGCUGAUCUGGCCAGAGCCCAAUCCACCGCUCACACUACCUCCACCUUUCACCUGCCAAGAACCUCAAGUGGCACCCAGGAAAUAGACCACUCCUGCAGUGAAUCGUCAGACACCGACCUGGCAGAGAAGAAGCAGCGCAGCGCCGGGCGGCCGGGCGAGGGCGAGGGCGAAGCCGAGGGCGGGGACGCGCACGGAGAGGACGCGCACGGAGAGGACGCGCACGGCGAGGAACCGGCCAAGAAGAAGCAGCGGCGGCAAAGGACGCAUUUCACGAGCCAGCAGCUGCAGGAGCUCGAGGGCACCUUCCAGAGGAACCGCUACCCGGACAUGAGCACCAGGGAGGAGAUCGCCGUGUGGACCAACCUGACCGAGGCCAGAGUCAGGGUGUGGUUUAAGAACCGCCGGGCCAAGUGGCGGAAGCGCGAGCGCAGCCAGCAGAUGGACCUGUGCACGAGCUCCUACCUGCCGCAGCUGGGAGGCCUCGUGCAGCCCUACGACGACAUGUACCCGGCCUACACGUACAACGGCUGGACUAACAAAGCGCUCUCCGCCAAGACCUUCCCCUUCUUCAACUCACAGGCCAUGUUCUCCUCGCCCAGCUCCAUGUCCCCCAUGAGCGUGUCCUCGAGCUCUGGCCACGCGGCCGUGUCCGCCAUGGCGCCCGCGGGCCUCAGCGGCGUGGCCGUGGGCACUUCGUCCAUCGGCUCGGCCGUGUCCCCUGCUGCGUGUCCGUACGGGCCGCCCGCGUCGCCCUACGGCGUCUACGUGGACUCGUGCAGCCCCGGCCUGGCCACACUGAGACUCAAGUCCAAACAGCACCCGGGCUUCGGCUACGGGCCGCUGCAGAGCGCGAGCCCCGGGCUGAGCGCGUGCCAGUACAACAGCUGACGGCGCGGCGCGCGACGCCCCGCGUUUACUCCGACUUGCACAGUAUUUCACCCCUGUCUCUGUGUGUGUGAGUGUGUGUGUGUGUGUGUUUAAUCGCGCUGCGGUCGAAGAUACUUGUUUUACGGAACGAACUGUGGGCAGGAGGAGGAACGGCGACACAAAGCGUUCUCAUUCAGAGCUCACUUUUGUUGGGCAGUAACUGGUGAGAAAGCCUGGCGAACGUGUGAAACGUCGUGUGCUGAAGACGGACAGCCUGUAAGAUGACUACAGAGAAGUCGAAGACAUUUUGCUCUUUUGACCGGUGCUGUUUUCUCGCUGGGAAAGAACACGAGUGUUUGUCCUGUGACGAGAAAAUGUCUCUUGUACCCGAGCAGAAGGAGUUUAUAAGAAUUCAAUUCGUAUGCUUGGAAAAGAUAAUUAAUACUGCAA